CGAAAACAAAACAGGUCUCACACAUUAUUUUCUCACAGCAAACAACGUAAAUUGAAGGAAAAAAAAACAUUUUAAAUAAUUUGUACCAUUAAACUUCCUCCAAAAGUGUAUAAAAAUGCUUAGUACCAGCCUAAUUUAACUAAAAGUGCUCAAAGGACAAAAGUAGUUCUUAAACUCGAACAAAAAAUCAAUUAAUAUUUGUGUGUAACUUUUAAAGUACGAAACGCAGUGCUGUCAGCAUGGAAACGGAGUCGUUGAAUAGGAAGAACUCGUCGCGGAAGAGUUCGAUUGUGAAUGGGAACGGAGAUGCCUCCGCCAAGUUGACCAACGGAGAUGCGGAUGGAGGGGAUGGAGGCGGCGGGGGAGAGGUGACCCUGAAGGCCAAGAUGAGCCUGCUCAAUGGCUGCACCGUCAUCGUGGGUUCCAUCAUCGGAUCGGGCAUCUUUGUGUCGCCCACGGGAGUGCUGAUGUACACGGGCAGUGUGAACCUGGCCCUCAUCGUUUGGGUCAUUUCCGGACUCUUCUCGAUGGUGGGUGCCUAUUGCUACGCGGAAUUGGGAACGAUGAUUACCAAGUCGGGAGCUGACUACGCCUACAUCAUGGAGACCUUCGGACCCUUCAUGGCCUUCAUCCGCCUCUGGAUCGAGUGCAUGAUCGUGAGGCCCUGUUCCCAGGCCAUAGUGGCCCUCACGUUCAGUACCUACGUCCUGAAGCCCUUCUUCCCGGAGUGUUCUCCUCCGGAGGAUUCCGCCCGCCUCCUCGCCGUCUGUUGCAUACUCGUGCUGACCCUAAUCAACUGCUGGGAUGUUAAAUGGGCGACCGCUGUGCAGGAUAUCUUUACGUAUGCCAAACUGCUGGCCCUGUUUGUCAUCAUUGCCACUGGCAUGUACCAACUUUCCCUGGGCAAUGUGCAAUACUUUACUUUUGAGAAUACGGACACUAGGGUGACCUCCAUCGCUCUGUCCUUCUACUCCGGUCUCUUUGCCUAUAAUGGAUGGAAUUACUUGAACUUCAUCAUCGAGGAGCUGAAGGAUCCGGUCAAGAACCUGCCCCGCGCCAUCGCAAUUAGCUGCACGCUGGUCACCGUGGUCUAUGUCAUGGCGAAUGUGUCCUUCUACACCAUUUUAUCUCCGGAUGAGGUCAUGGGCUCCUCGGCGGUGGCAGUCACGUAUGCGGAGCGAGCCUUUGGCGUGCUGGCCUGGACCAUUCCAGUGUUUGUGGCCUUGUCCACUUUCGGAGCAGUCAAUGGCAUUCUGCUGACCUCCUCCCGACUGUUCUAUGCCGGAGCCAACAAUGGCCAGAUGCCCGAGAUCCUCACCAUGAUCCAGAUCCAGAGAUUCACUCCCACCCCCGCGGUCUUGGCCAUGGCUCUGCUGUCCAUGUUGUACCUCACAGUAUCUGAUAUCUUUGCCCUGAUUAACUAUGUGGGCUUUGCCACUUGGCUGAGCAUCGGAGUGGCUGUGCUGUGCCUGCCCUGGUUGAGGUGGGCCCAACCCAACCUUCCUCGCCCCAUCCGAGUGCCCAUGGUGUUCCCCAUUGUCUACCUGAUCGCCACCAUGUUCGUGACCGUUGUGCCCAUGUACGCCAGUCCCGUGGAGACUGGAUACGGCAUUCUGAUGAUUCUGUCCAGCAUACCCGUCUACCUGGUCUUCAUCGCCUGGAAGAACAAGCCCAUUUGGUUCCAGAAGACCAUGGUAAGCCUCACACGAUUCCUACAAAAGCUGCUCAUGGUACUCGGCAAGCAGACGAAACCAGCUCAGGUGUAAAAAACAAACGAAGUUCUUUGGGAAAAUAGCAGAGAUUAGAUUGAGAGUUAGCCAAGAGCAGAGAAAAGCAUUUAUAAGCACACAUUUGAUUGCAUUAUUGCAUUAUAUAGAAAACGUAAACGCUUUUGUGUAGCCAACCAAUGAUAUACAUCAAACACACAGAAAAAUUUCUGCCAGCUUCUGGGCGAUAUAUACUAUACAUAUAUAUUUUUUAUAUACACAUGGUAAGUCUUGAGUUGAAGCGAAGCCCAGUGUCCAGUAGGUUUACGAAAAAUACUAAAUUAAAGCUCAGCUCUGGAAUCGUACUUCAAAAAAGACUGUGAAACAAAAAGGGAAAAUUACAAGGAAAACAAGUUUUCCAGUGCUGAGCGUUAAUUUGGUUUUUCAUUUUGGCAUUUUUAAUGAAUGAGUCUUUUGGAAUUUUCGAGUAAUCUCAGACAGGUGGUUAAACAAAAAUACAAUUCCAAAACUGUGGAACCCCCCAUAAAAACUACUAUUAUUUUUAUAAUUCUGUUCAAUACAAAUGAAUGGUUGCAAGUCCAAUUUAUAAACAUUUAGAAACAAUGCUCUAGGCUUAGCUUUGAAGUAGAAAAGCUAGAAGAACGCGCUUGAACAUACUCGACAGAAAGAUCUACAGACCUAAUGUUAAUACCUAAAAAUCAUAAAUAUUUUAAAGCACAUUUGAUUAUUUUCCAUACAUUUUAGGUGGCUAAGAUUAAGUGGCACUGCAAUUUUAUUUCAGCUGUUUGUUUAAGUUAAAAUUAUGAUUAGAUGGCUCAGUUUGUCGGACAUUUUGACGGCAAGGUUUCAUUUGUGCACCGUAGCGGGACCUCCCUGUACAAAUCCUGUUUGAAUCUGGCUUACCUCCCAAAUACAAAAACCAUCGCCCAAUGCACAUAUCCAACAAGAGAAACGAUUUAAAGUUGUUGAACGAUAACAGGAACAUUGCCAACAUACAUAUUAAUAUAUUGAGAUAUACGCAAAUUGUUGUCUAAUUACGUAUACCAAUCGAAUCGAAUUGAAUUGAUCUAGCAUUGAUUUUGAACAUUCAUUAGUUGUUGUUGCUUUGAGUGUUUGGCACUAAGUGUUAUUCUAAACAAAAUAUUAUUGCCUAUUUAGCAUUCAACUAUUUAACUGUUACACAUAAAUAUGAAGCCGCAGCUGGGGAAUCUGUUUAACUACUAUGAAACAUAUUGUUGACAAUAAUAAUGUAUUUAUAUAUAAAUGUAUAUUAUAUUAUAUUAUACGUAUACCUUAUAAAACCUCUGUCUUUCUGGAAAUAAGAACGAUGUGAAGUAAAUUGACAAAUGAAUAUUUA